AUGAAUGGUUUUAGGAGCCUGGACAAGAAUCUGUCUCCUCUCUCCACAACCGAGAUGUUCGUCUCUUGCUCUCCCUUCCCUUUCGGCAAACUAUCGCUUUUGGGAGAUAUCGAGAAUAUGGCUGGGGACGACGUUGUCUCCAAGGUGACCCGCCUCACUGAGAAGUACCCAAAUGCCUAUAGCGACUUCUAUGGUUCCGGUACUCCCUGCGUCUACAAGUCUGGCCCUGACUGGCCCGUACGCAAGGGACCUCUGGCCCAGCGCAUCGUCCAUGAGCCUCGCCCGGUUCACAGUCAUGCUAUUCAGCCUACUUGGGUUUCUACCAGCACGCGCAUCUGCGACGAGCUCGAAUCCAUUGGCAUAAUGUGGACAUCCAUCAACCCCCUCACAUACGCCAAUGCUGGGGAGCCCAAGCUGUUCUGCCCUCUUAUCAUAUGUGUCGGUGUGAAUCCCGGUUCCCUCCUCUAUGAGGCCGCUGUUGCUGCUGCAGCCAUCGUCAAGAACAUCCUCACCGACGCCGGCUUCCCCGACAUCGAGGUGACAUUUAUCAAGUCGGUAGUGACUCGUUUUAUUGGCCCAAAGCUCCUCUCGUUCAACCCCCUCAUCGACAGAGUCCCCGACCUGCGCAAGCCGUUCACCCCCACUCUCGGUCUCUCUAUCGCGCCUUGCAAGUACCCGUACUACGAAGGGACUGCUGCUCUCUACUUCUGCCUUUCUAAAGAUAACGACUGUGUCGUGGCCUUAACCUGCACUCACAUCGCUCGUCCUCCUCCUGUCUACCACAACACAGGCAUGACCCAUAAGAAGGAUAGUCAGCAUCGUGAGAAAAUCAUCGCGCUCGGUACCAUGGGCUACGACAAUGCCAUCAAGGCUAUGAUGGCCACUAUCGGCGACCGCCUCCGGUCUAUCGACACCUGGAACAAUGUCCUUUGCAGGCUUGGGGACCCCAUCGAGGGAGAAAGUGAGAACGUGACUGAGAGUCGCGAUGAGCACUUGGAUUUGGUGGCGAAGGCAACGAGGGAGAUCCAGAGGGUGAAAGCGAUCCACGGUGAGGUCAUCGAGAACUACACCACACUUGACCAGCGCACGAUUGGCUUCGUCCUUCACUCGGAGAAGAUCGAGGUCUCCGUCGAGCCCUACAAAUUCACCAAAGACUGGGCUCUUAUCAAGCUUUAUAAUGAUAAGAUCGAUUGGACGACGUUCAAAGGCAAUAAGCUUUGGGUCGGUGGUAACCUCUCGAUCUCUGAGUAUGGAAACAUGAUGUUCCCUCAGCCCCAGGAUCAAAAGAACUACAGUUACCCCGAGGAUGGUCUCCUCCAGGCAUAUGACUUUGUCCGGGAUGCCGAGAUGCACAACCCUCAACAACUUGACGUCCAUGGCGAGAAGUGCCUGCUUGUCGUGAAAAAUGGGUUGGCCACGGGGACCACCGUCGGUCGCAUCAACGGCCUCAAGUCCUUUUUGCACGUUUACGAGGACUACGGUAUCAGUCACAAGUCCCUUGAAAUUGCUGUCUUACCCUACGACAAGACGCACAGCAAGUUUUCCGAUGCUGGCGACUCGGGUUCGGUCGUCCUCGACAGGGGGGGUCACAUCGUCGGAAUCGUCACUGGCGGCUCAGGCCCCGCUGACGAAACUGACACCACGUACCUCACCCCUUACUGGUGGGUCGAGGAGCAGGUCAAGGCCAAGUUCCCCGGCUGCUUCCUCUACGAAGUCGUCCAGUAG